GAGAAUCCUUAUGGCAAUAUUAAAACUAAUGUUCCAAAUACCAACUGGAAUGGAUCACCCAGCAAAAACUUCAAAAAUAGACCAAAACGAGGAGGGUUUAAAGGAGGAUUCCAGAAGUCUAAAUUUCAUGAUGCCAACAAUGGGAGAACUGGGUUUCCUAAAGAUCAUAAUGGAAGAGGCCCUUACAGUGGGAGGGCAGGACAGGAUAGAUUAAGAUCAAAGGAACUUAAGCAGCAACCAGAAAGAUCUUUCUCUGUGACUUACACUGAGCAAGAAAUCCAACAAUGGCGUGAAGCACGGAAAAAUAAUCAUCCUUGUAACCACUUGCAGAAGAGGCACAGUGAAUGCCCGAUGGAUUCCAAGGUUAUUAACAGGGAGGUCUUACAAAGAGAGCUUAAGGAGGUUUUAGCAAAGCAAGCUGAAUUGGGAAUCGAAGUUGCUGAAAUACCAUCACACUACCUUAAGAAUUCUGAAAAUCGAGGUCUUCAAAAUGAAGGGAAAAACAAAUUUAGUGACAAAAGAAAGUUCCAAAACAAGUUCAAUGAGAAAUUAGACAGAAAAGGUCGGUUCGGCAAGAGGCAAAAGUUUGCUGACAACAUUUCAGAAAGCCCUUUGUCAAAGAAGAGGAAGCCAACUUUAUUGCAGAAACUCUUGAGUGCAGAUAUAAGUAAAGAUAAGAGCCACCUGUUUCAGGUUUUCAGGUUCAUGGUAAUAAAUUCUUUCUUCAAACAUUGUCCUGACAAGCCCCUUAGAUAUCCAUCAGUCAUGGUUAAAGAGAACGGGUCUGAAGUUGACACUGAAAAAGAUGUUUCUAAACGUGGGAACGAGGGAGCUGUUAAAAAAAUUGUUAGCCUAAAUAAUGAUGACGAUCAUAAUAGUGAAGACGAAGACAGUGAUGUUGAUGAGAAUGACUCUAUUGUGCAUAAUCAUCCACACGAAGAACUUUUUUCCUUGGUUAAAGAAGAGCAAUUUGAGAAAUCUGAUGAAGAGGAGGGAGAAAUUUUAGAAUGAAAUUCCUAGGUUGGUGCUCCACUUUUUUGCAGCAAAGUUUUGAAUACUGUAGUGGUAACAAUUUUUGUUUAGUCAUUUGUUUCCCUUGUGGUUUCACCAUCAUGCAUAAUGUUACAGUCAAUGUAUUUUUGCAGCAAAGGUUUCUGAAUACUAGUAUUACACAAUAUAUUUGCGCACAUGCCUAUCUGUCGUUUUUAGCAAAGGAUUCAAAGAUUAGGGAAAGUAUAAUUAGAUAUUUUUAAUAUACUUUUACUUUUGAUUUCUUAUUUACUAUCCGAAUGACAACCUUUUCCCAUUA